AUGCUCACCCUGUGGGGUCCCCUGGAGCUGGGUCAGCCCGACAGCUCAUCCGCAGCCGUCGACAGUCGAGCUGCUGCUCUCUUCCACCGGCAGCUUCCCUCUAUCUGCUGGUCCUGGGGGCCUUCCGGAGUGCCCUGGGCAUUGUCUGGAGAGGUCAGCCGGUCAGUGCUUCUCUCUAAGGAGGACCAGGCUGAAAAACCCGCUGAACCCACUAAAGUUGAGCCUCAGCAGAAAGAGGGGCCGACCAGUUUAUCCUCAGAGCCACUGGCCUCCAAGAAGGUGGAGGCUGAAGAUUUGACUGUGGUUGCUGCAAAGAGAGUGGAUGAUGCUAAUAAGAGACCCAAGGAAAUCCCAGGAAACAAAAAUACCUCCCCUCCCAGUAAUCCAGAAGCUAUAAAGAUCCAGGCGUGGUGGCGGGGCACCCUGGUGCGCAGGACGCUGCUGCACGGGGCGCUCAGGGCGUGCGUCAUCCAGCGCUGGUGGCGGCUACUGGGGGAGCUGCUCCGGAAAAGACGGCGGACGGCCCUGGAGACCUUUACAUGGAAGGAAUGGGCAGCAGUCAGGCUGCAGGCCUGGGUCCGCAUGUGGCAUGUCCGCCAGUGGUACUGCUGCUUGCUGCACGCCACCCGCGUCAUCCAGGCGUACUGGAGGUUCCACUCCUGUGCUUCCCACGGGUUCAUCCAGGGCCACUACAGAGUCAUGGCCAACCAGCUGCACCUCGAGCUGGAGGUCUGCGUUGUGAGGGAGUGUAUUCCCCUCCCAAUAAAGCAGUGAUGCGGUCCUCGCCCAGCCUCUCUCUUAGGGACAAGCCCGGAGGUCAGAGUCCUGAGGCAGAGUGUCCCCUGCUCGCUCUGAGGAUGCGGCAGGGUGUCGGAGGCCCCAGGU